UCUUCUACUUCCCUACAUCUAUAUAUAUCAUCCCAAAAAACAAUAUAACUCGAAGUAUCAAGGAAGCUAGCUAACUAGUUAAAAAAAAAGACCUAAAACUUUUCCUACAAAAAUGGCAUCCGAUUGUAUCUCUAAAAGUAGGUGCUUCCCAAAUGUAGGACUACGAAUAACCCUCCACAAAAAGAAGUCCAAGAAAGCCACAGCUAGUGGAUCACCCUCGUCGAGCUCCUCCGGCUCGCCUCGCUCCCCGUUCACUCCCGGGUCCGUUUCUAUGCGGACCAGGGAAGAGGAGCUUAAGGAUGUGUUCCGUUACUUUGACAUGGACAAUGAUGGUAAGAUUUCGGCUCUCGAGUUGCGGAGGUAUUUUAACUCCAUAGGGGAAAUCCUUUCGCAGGAGGAGGCGCAAGAGGUGAUUGAUGAGCUUGACUCGGACAAUGAUGGAAUGCUAGUGUUUGAGGAUUUUGUUAAGCUUAUGGAAAGUAAAGAUGGUGCAGAUGAAGAUUUGAAGAAGGUUUUUGAGAUGUUUGAGCAUGAGAAAGGGUCUGGUAGGAUUACUCCUAAGGGACUUCAAAGGGCUUUGACUCGUCUUGGAGAUUCUAAGUCUUUUAAGGAGUGUAAGGCCAUGAUUCAAGUUUAUGAUGCGGAUGGUGAUGGAGAGCUUGAUUUUAAUGAAUUUCAUCAAAUGAUGGCUGUUUGAGAAACUUGUACUAUUACCUUAAAUAUAUGAGUGUUUCUUUUCCAAA